AUGUCGGACGUCACGAUGCAGGUGGACAACCCACAAGAGACCGUCGAGUUGAUUAAGCAGGGUGAAAUCGAUGAGUCUCUGUACAGUCGGCAACUUUACGUGCUUGGCCAUGAGGCCAUGAAGCGCAUGGGUUCGUCGAACGUACUUGUUGUCGGUCUCAGAGGUCUUGGUGUGGAAAUCGCCAAAAACAUUGCCCUGGCCGGUGUCAAGUCCCUCACCCUCCACGACCCCGCCCCCGUCGCCAUCUCCGAUCUGUCUUCACAGUUCUUUUUGCAGCCGGAAGAUGUUGGCAAGCCCCGUGCUGAGGUCACCGCUCCCCGAGUUGCGGAGCUCAACUCUUACGUCCCGGUUACAAUCCACGAGGGCAACAGACUUGUGGAUGAUUUGGAGCAAUUGAAGCGCUAUCAAGCAGUUGUACUGACGCUUAUGCCCUUGAAGGAGCAGCUUGUUGUUGCAGACUUUUGCCAUAAGAAUGGGAUCUAUGUGACAGUCGCGGAUACCUUUGGUCUUUUUGGCUACAUCUUCAACGACUUCGGAAAGAACUUCACAGUCGGCGAUCCUACUGGCGAGGAACCGGCAAAUGGAAUUGUUGCCGAUAUCGACGAGGAUGGUCUCGUGUCUGCUCUGGAUGAGACUCGGCACGGACUUGAAGAUGGCGAUUUUGUAACUUUCACCGAGGUCAAGGGUAUGGACGAACUGAAUAACAGCGCACCCCGCAAAAUCACGGUAAAGGGACCUUACACCUUCAGUAUUGGUGAUACAUCGGGUCUUGGCUCCUACAAGGGUGGGGGUAUCUAUACCCAGGUCAAGAUGCCCAAAUUCAUCGAUUUCCAGCCUUUGUCGGAGCAGAUUAAGAAGCCCGAUUUCCUCAUCUCUGAUUUCGCCAAGUUCGACCGACCCGCGCAACUCCAUGUUGGUAUUCAGGCACUGCACAAAUUCGCGGAGACCCAUGAUGGCCUAAUGCCUCGCCCGCACAAUGACAGUGAUGCUCAGGAGAUUCUCAAACUUGCUGGUGAGAUCGCUGCGGCCGGUGAGGGGGAGGUUGAAUUAGACGAGAAGGUGAUCAAGGAACUGAGUUACCAGGCUCGUGGUGAUCUGAACCCAUUGGCUGCCUUCUUUGGAGGUAUUGCCGCGCAGGAAGUCCUCAAGGCUGUCUCUGGAAAGUUUAGCCCUGUACACCAGUGGAUGUACUUCGACUCCCUGGAGUCUUUGCCGACCUCAACCACUCGGUCCGAGGAGAGCUGCAAGCCUCUUGGAACUCGUUACGAUGGCCAAAUUGCUGUCUUCGGUAAGGAGUAUCAGGAAAAGCUCUCCAAUGUUACCCAGUUUUUGGUAGGUGCUGGAGCCAUUGGCUGUGAAACCCUGAAGAACUGGGCUAUGAUUGGUCUGGGUACGGGUCCCAAGGGCAAGAUCUACGUUACCGAUAUGGACCAGAUCGAGAAGAGUAACCUCAACCGACAGUUCCUCUUCCGGCCCAAGGAUGUCGGUCGCCUGAAGAGUGACUGUGCCUCUGCUGCUGUGCAGGCCAUGAACCCUGACUUGAAUGGUAAGAUCGUGACUUUACGUGACCGUGUUGGUCCAGACACCGAGGACAUAUUUGACGAAGAGUUCUGGAGCCGACUGGAUGGCGUGACCAACGCUUUGGACAACGUUGACGCCAGAACAUAUGUGGACCGACGCUGCGUCUUCUUCCGCAAGCCGCUUCUUGAGAGUGGUACCCUUGGUACGAAGGGUAACGUCCAGGUUAUCCUGCCGUUCAUCACUGAGUCCUACUCCAGUUCUCAGGAUCCCCCUGAGAAGUCUUUCCCCAUGUGUACCUUGAAGAGUUUCCCGAACCGCAUUGAACACACAAUUGCCUGGGCUCGGGACCUCUUCCAGACCUACUUCGUCGGUCCUCCUGAGUCUGUCAACAUGUAUCUCUCGCAACCCGAUUACAUUGAUCAAACCCUCAAGCAGGCAGGCCAAGAGAAGCAGACAUUGCAACAUCUGCGUGACUUCUUGGUGACCGAAAAGCCGCUCACCUUCGAUGACUGUAUCGUCUGGGCCCGCCAACAAUUUGAGGCGCAGUAUAACAAUGCCAUCCAGCAGCUGCUCUACAACUUCCCCCGCGAUUCCAAUACCUCCUCCGGUCAGCCUUUCUGGUCCGGCCCCAAACGUGCCCCUACUCCUCUGAAAUUCGACAGCGCCAACCCCACUCACCUCGGAUUUGUGAUUGCUGGCGCAAACCUGCACGCUUUUAACUAUGGAAUCAAGAAUCCCGGCGCAGACAAGGCCUACUACAGCAAAAUUGUGGAUGAUAUGAUCAUCCCUGAGUUCGUGCCAAGCUCUAGCGUGAAGAUCCAGGCCGAUGAUAAAGAACCCGAUCCAAACGCCCAGCCGGCUGGAAGCGAUGAUAGUGAAGAGAUCCAGCGUCUUGUGGACAUCCUCCCGUCGCCCAAGUCUCUCGCUGGUUUCCGCCUCCAGCCUGUCGAGUUCGAGAAGGACGAUGAUACCAACCAUCACAUUGACUUCAUCACCGCCGCAAGUAACCUGCGUGCUGACAACUACGAUAUCCCCCAAGCGGACCGACACAAGACCAAGUUCAUUGCUGGGAAGAUUAUUCCUGCCAUUGCCACUGCUACCGCUCUGGUUACUGGUCUUGUAGCCUUGGAAUUGUUCAAGGUGGUUGACGGCAAGGAUGAUCCUGAACAGUACAAGAACGGCUUCAUCAACCUUGCUCUUCCAUUCUUCGGAUUCAGCGAGCCUAUGCCUAGCCCCAAGGGCAAGUACCAAGGCAAGCAAGGCGAGGUCACUAUUGACCGACUAUGGGACCGCUUUGAGCUCGAAGAUGUUCCCCUCAAGGAUUUCCUGGCCUUCUUUGAGGAGAAGGGCUUGGAUAUUACCAUGGUCAGCUCGGGUGUGAGCUUGUUGUAUGCCAGCUUCUAUCCUCCAUCCAAGGUGAAGGACCGCCUUCCUCUACCCAAGCUGGUUGAGCAUGUUAGCAAGAAGGCCAUUCCGGAACACCAGAAGAAUAUCAUCUUUGAAGUGACUGCUGAGGACCAGACCGAGGAGGAUGUAGAGAUUCCUUACGUCAUGACUGGAAACUCUGCUAAAAUAACCGAUUGGGUGAAUCCUUCCGACAAAUCGGGCGAGUUCAAGCGACAGCAAUCCGCCUUCCGCAACUUCAUCUCACGCGAGGCCGGUGCUCAGUUCCCGCCAGAGAAAGGCCGAUACCAUCUCUAUGUCUCCUAUGCCUGUCCUUGGGCUCACCGGACGUUGAUUACCCGUAAGCUGAAGGGUCUGGAGGAUACCAUUUCCUUUUCGUCCGUGCACUGGCACAUGGGUGAGAAGGGAUGGCGCUUUGCCACUCCGGACGAGGAUGUUCCGGGUGAAAACACCAUCCCCGACCCAUUGCACCCGGAUUUUACCCAUAUCCGUGAGGUUUACUUCUCCAAUGACCCGGAGUACGCAGGUCGAUUCACAGUCCCUGUCCUAUUCGACAAAAAGACCAAGCAAAUCGUCAGCAACGAGAGCGCCGAAAUUAUCCGCAUGCUCUACUAUGAAUUCGACGACAUCAUCCCAAAGGUCUACAAAAAAGUAGAUCUCUUCCCAAAGAACCUCCGUCAACAGAUCGACUCAAGCAACGAAUGGAUCUACAACGACGUCAACAACGGCGUUUACAAAUCCGGCUUCGCAACCACCCAAGAAGCUUAUGAGAAAGCAGUCACGACUCUCUUCAGCUCCUUGGAUAAGAUCGAAGCCCACCUCACCACGCAGGCAUCCGUCUCGCCUUUCUUCUUCGGAGACACCGUCACCGAGGCUGAUAUUCGGCUUUUCACCACUAUUAUCCGGUUUGACCCUGUGUAUGUGCAGCACUUUAAGUGUAAUAUUCGGGAUAUUCGGUCUGGAUACCCCGCUAUUCAUCGCUGGGUGAGAGGUUUGUACUGGGAUCUACCGGCGUUCCGAGAUACAACGAAUUUCGAACAUAUUAAGAAACAUUAUACGAAGUCUCAUAAGCAGAUUAAUCAGUUUGCUAUUACGCCUGUUGGGCCGUUGCCGGAUAUUUUGCCCAAGGAUCAGGAGGUCAAUGCUGUGAAGGGCGCUUGA